GCGCACGCGCACUUUGUUAAUGUGGCCGGCCAUGUCUGCUAGUUAGUGGUAGACAAGAACAGAAGUUUUGGUUGAAUUCUCUGCUCUCUACUUGUAAAAUUUAAAUACAGGUACUAGAAGUCAGCUCAAGAGAAAUAAUUGAACCAUGGCGAGUGUUUCUUAUCACAUCUCCAAUCUUUUGGAGAAGAUGACAUCUAGCGACAAAGACUUUCGAUUUAUGGCUACCAACGAUCUGAUGUCUGAACUGCAGAAAGAUUCUAUCAAGUUGGAUGAUGAUAGUGAGAGAAAGGUUGUCAGAAUGUUGUUGAAAUUGCUUGAAGAUAAAAAUGGGGAGGUGCAGAACCUUGCAGUGAAAUGUCUUGGUCCAUUGGUUUCUAAGGUGAAGGAGUAUCAAGUUGAAACCAUUGUGGACAAUCUUUGUAACAACAUGUUAUCAGAGAAGGAGCAGUUACGAGAUAUAUCAAGCAUUGGACUGAAGACUGUGAUUAAUGAGCUGCCUCCUGCAUCCAGUCCACUGGCUGCUAACAUCUGUAAGAGUAUCACAGGAAGACUGACUAAUGCAAUCGCAAAGCAAGAAGAUGUGUCUGUCAAGUUAGAGGCGUUAGAUAUACUGGGGGACCUUCUCAUCCGCUUUGGAGGAUUGUUGAUGAGUUUCCACUCGGCAAUACAGAGUGCUUUACUACCACAGCUCAACAGUCCCAGGAUGGCUGUACGUAAGAGAGCCAUCUUAGCACUAGGUCAUCUAGUCAUGAGCAGUAGCAAUAAGCUUUUUGCUGAUCUUAUGGAGUUCCUUAUGACUGAGCUGCGGGAAAACGCGAACCCAUCUACAACCAGGACAUACAUACAGUGCAUAGGUGCAAUCAGUCGCCAUGCUGGUCACCGAGUGGGGGAACAUUUGGAGAAGAUCAUGCCUCUGAUUGUCAAAUUCUGCAGGAUUGAUGAUGAUGAUGAGCUACGAGAAUACUGCAUCCAGGCUUUUGAAUCCUUUGUCAGGCGUUGUCCAAAAGAAGUGUCGCAACAUGUCUUGACUAUCAUUGAGUUGUGUCUACAGUAUAUCUGCUAUGAUCCAAACUAUAACUAUGAGAGUGACGAGGAUGAAGAUGCAAUGGAUGCAGAUGCUGAGGAAGAAGAAGAGGGGGAAUCUGACGAUGAGUACAGUGAUGAUGAUGACAUGAGUUGGAAGGUACGGCGCUCUGCAGCAAAAUGCUUGGAGGCAAUCGUUGGCUCCAGACAUGAAAUGCUGAAUGAGUUUUAUCGUUCAGUCUCGCCAGCUCUUAUUUCAAGAUUUAAAGAGCGUGAGGAAAAUGUGAAGUCCGAUAUUUUCCAUGCCUUCAUAACCCUGCUGAAGCAGACCAAGCCAAUUGUGACAGGAUUUUAUGAUCCAGACUCCAUGGAACAUGAGGAAGGGCCAAUAUCAAUGUUGAGGCUGCAAGUUCCAGACAUCGUUCGUGCCUUGCAUAAACAGAUGAGAGAGAAGAGUAUCAAGACUCGUCAAGGUUGUUUCUCUUUACUGACCGAGUUGAUCAGUGUAUCACCAGGAGCGUUGGCAGAACACAUCCCAGCCAUCAUACCUGGUAUUCAAUUCUCAUUGGGGGACAAGAACAGCAGUUCCAACAUGAAGAUUGAUACAUUAUCCUUUCUGAAUUGUCUGAUGGUGAAUCAUAGUCCACAGGCCUUCCACCCUCAUAUGGCUGUUAUUGUGCCUCCAGUUGUUUCAGCAGUUGGUGAUUCCUUCUACAAGAUCACCUCUGAAGCUCUCUUAGUCACACAGACUAUUGUCAAGGUCAUCAAACCACUCAAUACAGAGACUACAUUUGACUACAGUGCCUACGUGUUGGAUCUGUACAACUGUACAUUAAUGAGACUGAAAGCUGCUGACAUUGAUCAAGAGGUGAAAGAAAGGGCCAUCUCAUGCAUGGGCCAGGUCCUGUGUAAUCUUGGUGAUCAUCUUCAAGCAGAGUUAAGCACCUGUCUUCCAAUCUUCUUGGAUCGUCUGAAGAAUGAGAUAACACGGCUGACAACCGUCAAGGCCUUGACAAUGAUUGCUGGCUCCCCACUCAAGAUUGACAUUACACCAAUAUUGGUAAAGGGAGUCCCAAUCCUUGCUUCAUUCUUGCGUAAAAACCACAGGGCUCUCAAGUUGUCCACUCUCACAGCCUUAGAUAUCCUGCUCAAAAGUUACGGAUCAGCCCUGACAAUGCCAAUGGUGGAUGGAAUCUUGACUGAAUUGCCUCCUCUCAUCAGUGAUAGUGACCUCCAUAUUUCUCAGUUGACCCUUCACCUCUUGACCUCUGUGUGUCAAGUUCACCCAUCCAGCUCAGCCAAGACCAGAGAUGCCAUCUUGCCUGCCAUUCUCUCACUGAUCAAGUCACCACUUCUACAAGGUGGCGCUCUUCACGCAAUGUUAGAGUUCUUCCAGUCACUGGUAGCUACUAACACUCCUGGCUUGGGAUUCCAAGAUCUGUUACAGAUGUUAUCACUUCCCAUCUACAGUCCCUCCGAUACUCAGUCUCCAUCCUAUGCAGUGCACAAGCAGGCAUUUCACUCUAUUGCUAAGUGUGUAGCAGCAUUGACCAUCUCCUGUGCAUCUGAGGGCGCUAUUGUUGUCAAUCAGUUUGUCAAUGAUGUCAAGAAUCCAAAGUCAUCAGACUCUGUGCAGCUUUUUGCUUUGUACUCAUUGGGAGAAAUCGGUCGACAUGUUGAUUUGAGUGGACAUCCUGAAUUGCAACAGGUUAUUGUGGAUUCCUUCUCGGCACCUAGUGAAGAGGUCAAGACAGCAGCUUCAUUUGCACUGGGGAAUGUUAGUGUUGGCAAUUUGCCUGAGUAUUUGCCUUUUGUUCUGGAUGAGAUAGAGAAUCAACCCAAGAGACAGUAUCUUCUGCUGCACUCAUUGAAAGAGAUCAUUGCAUGUCAGAGUAGCAGCCCUACAGCAGUGGAUCACCUCAAACCAUUUGUGGCCAGCAUUUGGACAAUGCUGUUUAACCAUUGUGAGUGUUCUGAAGAGGGAACUAGGAAUGUAGUAGCAGAAUGCCUUGGCAAACUGACUCUCAUUGAUCCACAGACAUUACUCCCAAAACUCAAGGAGUGUCUGUCCUCUGAGUCAGCAUUCACAAGAAGCACCGUAGUGACUGCAGUCAAAUUCACUAUAUCUGACCAGAGUCAGCCUAUUGACCCUCUUCUCAAAGGUUGUAUCCAGGAUUUCUUGAGGACGAUGGAAGAUCCUGACCUGAAUGUCCGUCGAGUGUCCCUGGUCACAUUCAAUUCUGCAGCACAUAAUAAACCCUCGUUAAUCCGAGAUCUGCUGGAUCAGAUAUUGCCUAAUCUCUACAAUGAAACUAAAGUCAGAAAGGAACUAAUUCGGGAGGUGGAAAUGGGACCUUUCAAACAUACAGUUGAUGACGGCUUGGACAUCAGAAAGGCUGCCUUUGAGUGCAUGUAUACUCUAUUGGAUUCCUGUCUGGAUAGACUGGACAUCUUUGAGUUCCUCAAUCACCUAGAAGAUGGUCUGAAGGAUCAUUAUGAUGUCAAGAUGCUGACGUACUUGAUGUUAGUGAGAUUGUCAACAUUAUGUCCUCCAGCAAUACUGCAACGUCUUGACAGACUGAUUGAACCAUUAAGGAAUACAUGUACAACCAAGGUCAAGGCAAACUCAGUCAAGCAGGAGUUUGAGAAACAAGAUGAAUUGAAGCGAUCAGCAAUGAGAGCUGUAGCAUCACUGCUCAGUAUCCCAGAUAGUGACAAGAAUCCUCAACUGACGGAGUUUGUUGCUCAGAUUCGCUGUAAUCCUGAGAUGUGUACCAUGUUUGAUAGCAUUCAGAAGGACAGUACCCUGACCAGCACAGAUGCCCUCAUGGACACUACCUGAAUAGCUUUCAACAUUUCUCAGCUUGCGGUGCUUGCUUCCACAUCUCCUUCAACAACUGUAGUAUAUGUUUUCCUAAGUUUUCCGAAGAAUAAAAAUUGUAUAAAAUUGAAGAUUGUGCCCAUUACAUGUAUGUCAUUUCUGCUAGAGCUUAAUAGUGAUAUGAGCAAGCCAAGAAUACCACUUGCAUAGUUAUUUGAUAAACAUUCAAGCAAACAUGAGAUCUGUAUCAAAGGAACACCUUUCUUUGCAAUGUCUCAUUAAUGCCUAAGCCCCUCACUUAUUUCAGUGAGACUUGCAACAUCAAUACACAACUUUGAAUGGAUGAUUAAAUCCAGUAUUGAAAAAUGAUCAAAGUAAGAGUCAAAUUUCAAAUGUUUGUUCAGUAAACAUUGCUAUUGUUUUGUUAUAUCAAUAAUUGAAAUCCGAACCACAGUCAGUUGACUGAAGGUCAUAUGACUGUGUUCAUUUUGUUUUAAGAUCCACAUUAGAACAACUCUUACUUUGAUCAUUUUUCAAUACUGUUCUAAACAGAACAAAAACUACUUAGCAAGUUGAUAAUAAGCAGGACAAGUUCUUCUCAGAACUAAUAUCUUCUAAGCAGUAGUUAUUACCACAUGGUGUUACCGCAAAACCGAAACGACACAUUAGAACAGUUCCUCACACCUUUACAACACUACAUUAAAAUAGCCAACAUUUCAAAUUGCAGUUUAGAAGUGAAAAGACAUAUAUUAUGAAAAACAUGGAUUGCAAGCAUUGUGGCACUUCAUAGUCAAGUUUAUUGGUCCACAGGAGAAUGUAUUAAGAAUAAGUAGGUACAUCAUACAACACUGUUAAGGAUGUGUACUCGUAAGUAUCCCUGUUCUCUUUUAAUCGGGAAUGAAGAUUUUUGAAAGAGUUGUGUUUGGCAUGUGUAAUAAUACAAACAUUGAGUGGAGAGCCGUAUAUCAAGUAGUUGUCAAUCACAAAGUACUUCACGCCCAUGUCAGACUGGUAUUCAUGACUUGCCUCAAACAGUUAGCCACUACAUGAACAAUGCACCAAAGGAUUAAUUGUUGCAGUACUGUUUGUGCGAACAACUCCAGAGACAAGUCAAAGGAUAAUUUGAUAUACAAGUGGUUUGCCUGUCUGAAAACAUCACAUAUUGUUGUCAACCAGAGUCACUCUUAUUACUUGUUUAAUGCAACUCUGGAACACUAUUCUGAAUCAGCUGUUAGUUUCAAGAACCAGAAUGAAUAAUGGUACGCAUAAUGUUACGACAAUCUCGGUUCAGUUCCAUGUUCUGCUUUGGCAGCAAAGUUAUGCAAACAAAAAGAUAAAAGUGAGCAGAAACAUUCUUCUAUUCUCAAUCAUAUUUCAGUGCCAAGAUCUGGUAAAGUUUGUGGGACCUUGCCAAUUUCUAUAGACCUUGUGGGUUGUCGAUGACUCAAAAGGUUUAAUGAUGCCUAUCCCAGCAAUAUACAAACUCAUUGCAUUCUAACUUUAUCUUAAUGCAUGAAGCCCUUGGAAAAGUUAAUGUUUUUAAGCAGUUCCCUCUGAAGUUAUCAUGCUUAUCAUGCGUCAUAUUUCUUUAUUUCUUUUAUUUGGACAAUCCCUCAACAUGUCAGUACUUUGUCUCCAAUUCAAAUGAUGUAUUUCUAUGCAUUGAUUUUCACUUAAAUCCACCAGCACCCAAUUUCACGAAGCGCUGAGAUGCGUCGCAACUUGCAAUGCGUCGUAUGAUUCACUUCACAAAACUUACGAUGUGUUAAAGGCAUCGUAAGUUCAUUGACAAUGGCUUAAAACACGCCGCAAGUUACGACAUGUCCAGUGGUUAUCGCAAAAUAAGAAGCGUCCUUUUCAAUUUUAUACAAUACAACUUACAUAAAUGGGACUAUAAUACCGAGACAUUGUGUAAAGUUGUAAAUGGAAAAUGCAUCAAAGUCACCAUGUUGUGCAAUAAAUACACCUACCACCAGGCAUGCAACUGGGAAUUUAGAAAAAACGAGGAAAUUCCAAACCACACAAGACUUUGUACAGUGUUUUUCAAUUUGUAAUGGCAUUCAUGAGAAUUAAAAUGAGGAAAUUAGCAGAUCCGAGGAAAGUUGCAUGCCUGUACCACACAUCGCCCUUGCGUGUUUUGUGAAAUGAAUCGCAAGACGCAUCACAGCUGCAACGGAUUGUAGGGACGCGCCACAGGGCUGCGAUGCAUUGUAAGUUAUGAUGAGUUUCAUGAAAUCGGGUGCUGUACAGAACACUUUGUUAAUCCAAAUUUUGAUAUAUCCAAACCUGGAAUUUGUAGAUAUUGAUGGUGGUGUGAAAAAAAAUUGAAAAAUUCCUCCAACAUGUCAAAUGUUUACCAAAUAGUAUAGCUGAGCAUUUUGGAGUUAUUCAGAAAUGUGCAAUCAAUGAUUGGUAGCUAUCAAACUGGCACCCUGGAGUCAUCAUAUUCUGAGGUUCGUUGUCACAUGAAUGCUUGUUCAUACAAAUGUCCCAAAUUAAUCAAGCCAUUAAUAUUAAAACUGUACGUAAUUAACUGUGUGACUUUUUCUGUUGAAUGUAUGGAAGUAUGGUAGGUCUUGAGCCAGAAUUUCUUAUAUCAAUAUUCAACUUAAACUGUAAACUUUUGCUAAUAGUGACCCCUCUCAUUUCAUUAAUGAGGCGAGAACGUUUAUUUCGUUGGCAAGUUAUCCGACACCAAUUUAGCAAAAUGCGACAUUAGCUAGUUUCCCAUUAAAUUAGCAUAUUGUAACACAUUUUAUUUUCCAUGUUUUGUUGCAACUAUUAUGUAUUUUCCAAGUAUGCUUUGUGUAAACUGCUACCACAGUGAUUAUAGGGAUGUCAGUCAAAUGACAGAUCCAGGGGGAGGGGCCAUGGCGCCCCCCCCCCCCCCCCCCCCCCGAAAGUAAUGUCGCAAAAAAGCAGUCAUAGAGUACACAACCCACAAAACUCAACAAACGCAAUACAUUUUCACCCCUAGAAUUGCAUGGCCGUGGAAUGGUGACACUAGGGGGCGCUGUUCAUGAUACAAAUGUACAUGUAAUGGAAACUUGCGCGCUUACUCUCUUAGCCUUAACUUAAAACAUGGCACUGAAUCUUUUGUAUUGUUUGUUCUCCUUUCUCCAACUAUUUCAUAUAUUUGGACCAUUGGAAAGUCGCACGAUAACGGCAUGUUUUGUUUCUCACCACAAAAAUCUGGAGGGGAUGAUCCAAUGGCCCAACCCCACUUGUCUGAGAGUUGGGGGGGGGAUAUAUCCCCCCCCCCCCCAUACCUCUUAGACAGUUCUCCAUCUAGCUCAAUUACGUGCCUGAGCAGUAAUAGCAACUCUGUUUAACACGCUGAUUCACUUAGAUAUGCAACACUGGCAUCCAGUUUUCUGCAGUAUUCCCCUCUGUUCUGGGUGCCAUUGGGUCCUAUGUAUAAACACAAGCAUUUGCUUUUACUACCUAUUUUCAAGCAUUUGCUUGCAUUUGUAUGAAUAAAAAUGAAGCAAAUGCUUUUUUACUGGAAAGCAUUUGCUGAAAGCUACAAGUAUUUACUUUUUACUUGUAAGCUUGUGCAAGACUAGAAGUGUUUACUUCAUUUCGUAUGAAUAAAAAGGAGUAAAUGCUUCAGAUUUCAAGCAUUUACUGGUCAUUUUUCAAGGUUGGGUUUGGGCAACCUUGAAAAAAAAAAGCAAAUACUUUUGCCUUAAAACUGCUGCAUUUAUUCAUAUGAAUCGGCCCCAAAUAAACACAACACGUUAAUAAACUAUAUAUAAUACCAUA